AUGUCGCUCACAACCACAGAGCUCACAACCACAGAGGUGUUGGAGGUGCCUCGGGUCCAAGCUCCAGACACAGGAACUUUGACCAUCAAGCAGAUUCUCGCCCAACUAGAUGGCGUAUUUCCGAUGGACCAGGCUGUGAUCGAUGCUCUCCCAGAGGGAAGCACCUUCAUCUCAGUCGAGCAUUUCGGAACCAGUGCUUGGACUAUCACGGGAAGAGUCAUAGCACGCAGCCUGGAUGGAUCAGAGCAAAGAUACUUUCUGAAGGCAAUUACAUCUCCACAAAUCCUUGACAACGGGGUUGCUUAUGGCGAGACGGGCCGUAUCAUGCUGGGAGGCGAGUUUGAAUCGUCCAAAAUAAUCCACAACACCACACCGGACUUCAUCCCAACGCCUUUUGGAUUCGGGAAGUAUAAGGUGCAGAGCCCGGCGACCUACUUCUAUCUCUCCGAGUUCGUCGACAUGGACGUGACCAGUCCCCCGGAUCCCGCCGAAUUCACCCGUCGGCUUGCCAAUCUGCACAGGACAAGUCAGUCGCCUACUGGCAAGUUCGGGUUUCACGUCCGUACGUGCGACGGGGAUAGACCCCACUCGGUUGAAUGGCAAGAGAGCUGGGCUACCUUUUACCGAAACCUAUUCCUUGGUGUCUGCCAUCUCGACACCAAGAGAAACGGGGUGUGGCCUGAGUAUGAGCGAGCCGUCCAUCAGGUGGCGUGGAAGGUCAUCCCGCGUCUCCUCGAACCCCUCCAAGCUGAAGGGAGGGAGCUCAAGCCAUGCAUCAUCCACGGGGACCUCUGGGAGGGGAAUAUGGGAAUCAAUCUGGAGACGGGAGAGUCCCUUCUCUUCGACGCCGGGUCUUACUUUGCUCACAACGAAAUGGAACUGGGCCACUGGAGAUGCGAGUUUAGCUCUGUCUUCCGAUCGGAGCUGUAUACGAGGCACUACCUACUCAACUAUCCUGCCGCCGAGCCAACCAACGAGUUUGACGACCGGACUCGGUUGUAUAGCCUUAAAGGGGCUAUCAACUACUCGGCCGGCCACCCGGGGAGUCCCCUAAGGAAGACUGCGUACAACAACAUGUGCUAUCUGUGCGAGAAAUACGCCCCCAUUGACGGGAUCGAUAAAUACGAUCCUCGGAUCGACCCUUCCAUCACGGGAGCUCGCAUCGUCCCUCACGUCGCCGACGGCCUCAUUUAG